UGUCUCAGAUGGGGGCGAGUUGUGGAGAGGUGGAUGUAGCGUGUCUGUGCGAGGUCGGUCCCUGUACACUUUAUCCAGAAGCACACACACCUACGCCGUGUUUUCAGGACACACGCCUGUGUGAACACUGUGGAAAGAACAGAGUCAUGAUAACCAGGUUCUCCGAGGGAUACGGAACGGAGGAGGAGUGUGUGUUGUCAGACCCUCAGGGGGAGAGUGAUGCAGAUGCUGAUAUAGAGGACACAGAUUGCAGACUGCAGGAGCCAGGUUCUCUGCAGCGAAUCAGCUCGCGCAGACGAAAGCGUCCACAGGUAGCGCGGCAAGACACCACGGAGAGCGAGGACGACGGGGGGCGGAGCCACCAAACACACCGCUGGAACCUCAGGCUCAGCCCUGACAGAGCAGACAGCAGGACCAUACUGGAGGAGAGCAUAUCACAGGUCAGGCCACUGGUCAUCUGCCGGCCGAACGUUGAGAGGCAACAGACUCCGGGCGAACUUCCCCGAGGCUCCAAAUGUCUGAUGUCUCUAUGGCCAGCUUCCUUCUCUCUCCCUCUCACCCUCCUCCUCCUGCUGCCUCUCUCCCUCUCUCUCGUCAUUGUGAUCAUGUCUUUCCUUCUGCCGUGGGCUCGCGCUUGACCUCACCUUUCUGUUUCAAGAGAAUGAUUACAUUACAGAAAAACCAACUCAGAAAAGGCAGUGAAUGGCACAAAAUGGGCACACAAACAUGGUGCUUUAGAAAUGAAAUCAACUUUUGGGUGUAGUUGGCCUUUUGGCUACAUUAUAUCCAGAAAAGCACAGGGUAAAAUACUUUCAUUCUGAGCCACUUUAGGUACAUUUACAGCAGAAUCUCUUUCUGACGCAAACGAUAAACUCUGCUUUCUUUUGCCACAUGAAAAUCUCACCUUCCGUGUCACUUUCUCACCCCCUCGUUUGUAAAAAUAGACCUCUCGUCUCGCUCCUUGUAAUAACGAGCCACGGGAGUGAUAAGCGGGGGG